AUGUCUUCGAAUUUUCCCCAACAAUUUCCAUUCAACUCUCCUGGUGGUUUAAAUUUUUCUCAACAAUUUCCAUUCAACUCUCCUACAGGAUCAAGCUUUCAUCCACAAUUUUCAUCCAAUUUUCCUUCUACCUAUUUCAUGCCUCCACCAAAUCAAUUUCAGGAAAAUAACUCACAAUUUCCUCAGCAUUCUUCACAAAUUCCAAUUGUUGAUGAUGACGUCGAGGAAGUUGGAAAAUCCACUGCAAAAACCAAGGAGACAAAGGCGGCUUGGAGUCCUGAUGAAGACAUCCUUCUUAUUAAAGAUUGGUACAACACCAGCACCGACUCCAUUAUUGGCAAUCAACAGAAAAGAAAGGAUUUUUGGGAGAAAAUUACUGCUUACUACAACGAGUGGAAGCCAGAGGGCACCGCCGCGCGAAGUUUAUCACAGGUGAAAAAUCAUUACUAUAGAUUGAAUCCAGAUCUUAAUAAGUGGGCAGGUAUCUAUAACAAUUUCUGGAGCAAUCGAGUGAGCGGACAAGGAGAUGAUGAUGUGCUGGAGGCGGCAAAAAGAGCAUGA